AGCAGCAGCAGCAGCAGCAGCAGCAGUAGUAACGACGACACCGAUGACCCAUCGAACUGGGGGCGACAGUUGGCACUCGAGGCGCAUCAACGUGAUUACGCUAUCGACGCUGCAUGCGACGGACGAUUUGCCUUUACGCACCACGCCGUGCUUCGGCAACUGCAGCUGGAUGGGCUCUGCAACAGUUCGCACUAUCCACUGCAGUACGCCGUUCGACUGGCGCCGGCAGCGGUGGGGCCCAACAGAGACGCUGCGGCCUUCGCCCAGCGCGGCAUGUGCGUUGCGCGGCCCGGCAACGUCUCGGUCUUGGCCAUCAGCCCACGCGGCGUGGUGCGCGCGGCGGCGGCGGGUGCCAUUCCGUUCUGUGAUGCCACCUUCGUCUUUUCGCGCCACCCGCGCCUGCACACCGCGUAUCGCUUUGACUUCACGUGGGCGUGCGGCGAAGACGGCGACGCCGCCAUGGCGGUGGUGAAGCGUACCCCGACACUCUCGGAGCUGCGCCACACCGGAGCGACCAACGAGACGCGCUGCACGCUGACGGUGCGCAACACACUCACAAAGACGCAGCGGUCCGACACGUUCCUGCUGCGGCGCGUCUACCCGACGGCGGUGUCGCCAGCGUUCGUGGUUCUGAGUGACAAUGCCGCCGUUGGCAACUGCGUUACAAACGCCACCGCAGGUGGUAGACGGACAGCAGAAGCUACUACUACUACUACUACUAAUGGUGGUGGUGGCGAUCAGGGGCCGCGGCGACGGCCAGCGACGCGGUGGGUUGUAGGGAAAAGCGUCGUUCUGCAUGUGGACGCCUCGGCAGAAGGGGCUGCAGUGACCGAUGUGCGCAACGCUUACUGGCGCGCCCUCAGCGUCGUGACGGCGGAACCAUCUUCCAUAGGCACACAGCUUCUGCUCGACUCCAUUCACUUCCUGCCGCUUGCGCAGCACCCACGUGCGCUGGCGCGCGGCACUGGUGGUGUCACGGCGAUGGUGACCGGCAUCCGCGUGCCCGGGCUGUACACAAUCGCGCUCUACCACCCCGACCCGGCCCACCCGUACAUCUGCCCAAAUGUGAGUGUGGUGGAAACGCUGCACGUGACGCACGCACGAGUCAUUGAGAAGGAGCUAACGGUAUGCGGCGACUCUGUGGUGCUGAAGGCGGUGCCUAUCCCGCGGGAGAUUGAGUGCCAGUUUGUGGGGCAGUGGGAGAUGGUGUCGCUCCAGACGGCAGACAACGAGACGUGGACUGCUGGCGCAAACUUCAGCGGCGUGCGUUUUGAUCACGGCACCAGGCCGCGCACGCUGGUACACGGGCUCCCGUUUGGUAUCGUUACGAUCCGCUGGGCCAUUUACGCCGCUUCACCCCUGGACAAUACCACUGAUGGGGCCGAGCAGCUGCGGCAGCAUGGGAGACGCGUGUUGGUUGA